AGGACUUUUUAUAACACACUCAAAUUAGCUUAAACCUUAACCAUCCCUUUAAUUUAAGCACAUGAGACCCCCAGUGAGUGAUAUUCCCACGCUUUGAUACAGGCGCAUAAAUGGCGCUACAGCACCUCACUAACCCACUGGCUUUUACAACCACAAGAGGGCCCCUCAGCUGCGCAUCCCUAUCGAUGCUAUUAGCUAUCCCACAUGCCAGCUUUUCCAUAGGUUUCCUAAACUGGAAACCCCUCCCAUGACGUGUGUUUGUGGCGAUCGAUUACUCCUGUCUAUCUCCCAGGGAUGCCGCUGAUGCUGGAGGCUGGGAGUUUCGAGCAGCCGGUCCGAGAGAGCCGAGCGCCGCCUUGUGCAGUCCGGUUGCCUUGACGACGUGUACUCGGUGUCUCGGGCAGCGGAACCCGGGCUCGGUGACGUGUGGCGAGGUUAUAUAUAAAGGCACCGUGUCGCUCCCACCGCGUUCAUCCCCUCCAUACAGAGAGGCGUGUACGUGUACGGCUCCUGCAAAGUGACCUCGUGUAUUGUCACAGAGCGCCCAGCCGAGCGGUGGGGUUUCUAUGCUGGGGGCUCCGCUACAGGACGUGCUGUAAGCUCUCGGCGCCCCGGAUUCCUCUCCCUGGGGAGCUCGGGGCAGGGGAUCGGGCCUGCCAUGCUCAUGAUGGAUUUAUCCCCCGGCGGGGAUUCGGUAACAUCCGGACAUGACUUCUUCCAGGACAGAGAUUCCCUCCCAGAGGAUUUGGACUCUCCCGGGGGAGUGGGGGGGAUUCUGGACAGGAUCCUAAUGGAGUCUGUGUGCCAGCAGCAGGGAUGGGUGCGAGUAUACGAUGUGAAAGGCCCGCCUACACACAGGCUGUCGUGUGGUCAGUCGCCCUACACUGAAAGCACAACAUGGGAGCGCAAGUACUGUAUCCUAACAGAAAGCCAACUGGUGCUCCUUAACCGUGACGAUGAGAUGCCUGGGGAAACUGCACAGGACCCACCUCCAGAAUCCAGCAAAAGCAGAAGCCUGCGUAGGACUGUGAGUGUCCCGUCAGAAGGGCAGUUUCCAGACUACCCCCCGGAGGGUGCUGCCAAGCUGGAGGUCCCAGCUGAGAGGUCACCCCGAAGGAGGAGUAUCUCAGGGACUAGCACGUCAGACAAAACCAAUGCUAUGGAUCCUGCAAAUACCUCCCCCUUUAAAGUCUCAGGCUUCUUUAGUAAACGGUUAAAAGGCUCUAUUAAGAGAACGAAGAGUCAAUCAAAGCUGGACCGGAAUACAAGUUUUCGCCUGCCUUCUCUUCGUCCUGCUGAGAGUGACAGGUCACGUGGGUUGCCUAAACUAAAAGAAUCUCGUUCCCAUGAAUCUUUGCUGAGCCCUGGUAGUGCAGUUGAGGCUCUGGAUUUGGGAACUGAAGAUAAAAUCCUAGUAAAACCGCUCCACAGCAGCAUAUUGGGACAAGAUUUCUGCUUUGAGGUCACCUAUUCCAGUGGCAGUAAAUGUUUCAGCUGCUCAUCUGCAGCAGAGAGAGAUAAGUGGAUGGAAAAUCUUCGUCGAACUGUUCAACCAAACAAGGAUAACUGUCGCCGAGCAGAGAAUGUACUACGGCUGUGGAUCAUUGAAGCCAAGGACCUGGCUCCCAAAAAGAAGUACUUCUGUGAACUUUGUCUGGACGAUACUCUCUUUGCUCGAACCACAAGCAAGACGAAAGCGGACAAUAUUUUUUGGGGGGAAUAUUUUGAGUUUUAUGGUUUACCACCCCUGCACAACAUCACAGUUCAUAUUUACAAGGAUGUUGAAAAGAAGAAAAAAAAAGAUAAAAACAAUUAUGUUGGUUUAGUGAAUAUUCCUAUGAUUAGUGUAACUGGGAGGCAGUUUGUGGAGAAAUGGUACCCAGUUAGCACCCCCACUGCAAACAAAGGCAAGACUGUUGGUCCUUCCAUACGUAUAAAGUCCCGUUACCAAACUAUUACCAUUUUACCCAUGGAGCAAUAUAAGGAAUUUGCAGAAUUUAUCACAAUUAAUUACACUAUGCUAUGCUCAGUCCUGGAACCAGUCAUUAGUGUCAGAAAUAAGGAAGAGAUGGCAUGUGCUUUAGUGCACAUCCUGCAGAGUACUGGCAGAGCCAAGGACUUUCUAACUGAUCUGGUCAUGUCAGAGGUAGAUCGUUGUGGGGAGCACGAUGUCUUGAUCUUUAGGGAAAAUACACUUGCCACUAAAGCCAUUGAGGAGUAUCUAAAGCUGGUUGGACAGAAGUACCUUCAUGAUGCUCUUGGGGAGUUUAUCAAGGCACUGUAUGAGUCGGAUGAGAACUGUGAGGUGGAUCCCAGCAAAUGUUCCUCAAGUGAGCUGUCCGACCACCAGAGCAACUUAAAAAUGUGCUGCGAGCUGGCCUUCUGCAAGAUAAUCAAUUCAUAUUGUGUUUUUCCCAGAGAGCUGAAGGAAGUGUUUGCUUCUUGGAAGCAGCAAUGCAUAAAUCGGGGAAAGCAGGAUAUCAGCGAACGACUGAUCAGCGCAUCACUCUUCCUUCGCUUUCUUUGUCCUGCAAUUAUGUCUCCCAGCCUCUUUGGGCUAAUGCAGGAGUAUCCUGAUGAUCGCACCUCCAGAACUCUCACACUCAUUGCCAAGGUCAUCCAGAAUCUUGCCAACUUUGCCAAGUUUGGUAAUAAAGAAGAAUACAUGGCCUUUAUGAAUGACUUUUUGGAGCAUGAGUGGGGUGGAAUGAAACGAUUCCUACAAGAGAUCUCCAAUCCAGACACCAUUUCAAACACCCCCGGAUUUGAGGGUUACAUAGACCUUGGCCGAGAGCUCUCCGUACUGCACAGUCUUUUGUGGGAGGUGGUGUCACAGCUAGAUAAGGGUGAAAAUUCCUUCCUACAGGCGACCGUUGAGAAAUUGGGACCCCUUCCACGCAUUCUUGCUGACAUCACCAAGUCACUGACCAACCCUACUCCAAUCCAACAGCAGCUAAGACGUUUCAGUGAACAUAGCUCCACACCCAAUGUAAGUGGCAGCCUUUCAUCUGGACUUCAGAAGAUUUUUGAGGAUCCAGCAGACAGUGAUUUGCAGAGGUUCAGGUCUCCAACAAUUGAAAACCCAGAAAGCUAUUUCAGGGGGAAAACGCUACUGCUUGUCCAGCAGGCAUCCACACAGAGUAUGUCCUUUUCCGACAAAGACGAAAGAGAGAAUGUCUUGCCCAAUGGGCGUAGUGUGUCUUUAAUGGAUCUGCAAGACUCCAAUGUUAGUCACACUGAUCGUUCCUCAGUUAUCCAAGAACCUCCCUUACGUUUAACUGGCAGCCAGUUGUCUAUUGCACAUGUAGCUACCAUUAAACAGCUACGGGAAAACCAUAGCAUGCCUCAGAGUGCCCCACAAGUUAGAAAGCCCUUACAUCCAGCAUUGAGCCAGCAAAGCAGCCUGCAGCCUCUGUCCUUCCAAAAUCCUGUGUAUCAUCUGAACAACCCACCACCGACAAUGCCCAAAGCUUCUGUGGACUCCAGCCUUGAAAAUUUAAGCACUGCCAGCUCUAGAAGCCAGAGUAAUAGUGAAGAGUUCAUUCUCAGUGGGCCCAGUAACAGUAGCAUGGAAGAUUUCACAAAGAGGAGCACUCAGAGUGAGGACUUUACAAGAAGACACACCAUGCCUGAGAGACCUAUUCCCAUAGCACUGCCAAGGCAAAACAGCACUGGACAAGCCCAGAUCCGUAAAACCGACCAGGCUGCUCUUGGGGCUCGAGCAAAAGCCCCCCAGUCAUUACCACACAGUGCCUCACUGCGGAGCGCAGGGAGCAUGUCUGGGAUCUCCAAUAAUAUGCUUGUUGAACCAGUGCAGAAUGGAAAUAGGUCCAGACAGCAAUCUACAUCAUCUCGUGAAAGCCCUGUACCCAAACUAAGAGCAAUUCACCGUCAGCAGACACAGCAGGUGCAGUCACCUGUGGACUCCGCUACAAUGUCUCCAGUAGAGCGGACUGCAGCCUGGGUUCUUAAUAACGGUCAAUAUGAAGAUGAAGAAGAAACUGUAGACCAAAACAAGGAUGAAUCUAAACCUGCAGAGAAGUAUGAACAAGAGAUUGCAAAGCUGAAAGAACGAUUGAAAAUUUCAAGUCGGCGCCUGGAGGAAUAUGAACGGCGUCUUUUGGUGCAAGAGCAGCAAAUGCAGAAGCUCUUAAUGGAGUACAAAUCUCGACUGGAGGAUAGCGAGGAGAGGUUGCGCCGUCAGCAGGAAGAGAAGGACAGCCAAAUGAAAAGUGUCAUCAGCAGGUUAAUAGCUGUAGAAGAGGAGCUGAAAAAAGACCAUGCUGAGAUGCAGGCUGUCAUUGAUGCAAAGCAAAAAAUUAUUGAUGCACAGGUCAUUAAUGGGAUUUUAACGCAAACAGGCAAGUAAACCAAGUGCACCUUAUAGUUAAACAGUGUAACCAGCCUGGCUAGAACACUGAUCUCCUACACAUUCCAGCUCCUUCCUUUUAGCUGGGAGAUAUUUAGAAAGAGAAUAGUCAUUCUAUGUAUAUAAUUUGGUUUGAUCAUUGAACUGCUCUUUUUGCUAGAUGUUUAUAAGCCAGGCUUGUCAGAGAUUUGAACCUACAGGUAAUGUUGAGUUCGAGCCCUUAGCUGUCAGAGUUGUAUGUCUUGGAACUUGUGAAGCUUGACACACCUAAAAUAGUUGGUUAACAGAAAUUCACUGCUGGGGCUAGAGAGGGCUCUCAGGGCAAAAGGGUUUGUCUGUGCCAUUUAUAAUGAACCUUUAGCUUUUAAAUGACAAUUCCCAGGUGUCAGAUUUGUGGAGAAAUCCCAGAAGUUCUCAAACUCUCCAUUAAGGAACACCCCUGAAAUAUCUAUAGCUGUUUAAUAAAUACUAGUCCACCAAAGGUCCCUUCUAGUGAGAAAAGGUAUCUGGUGUGCCAGGAAUUUUCCACCUGUGUAAGCCUUCUGUAGAAAUUGAAACUACAGUUGUAUAACUUCCAGUAACUCCUGAUGGCCAGAAGCUGAUGGCCAGACCACUAGUUGCAACCUUGGUAGUAUAAAGCCUCUUUUAGAAGCCAUAUUUUAUUUACCAGCCUGUUCAAUGCACCACAUAGCAUAGCAAGGAUGACCAAAGACGUCCACUGUUGCCUUCUAAUCCCUACAUAAUGCCCAUAUGUCUGUGAUAUUUCUGCAGAGAUGCAUGACAUUGUCUCUUUCCCGGGCACCACUUCACCAGUUUUUUUGUUUAUAUGUACCUAAAGCUUCCAGUAGAAGCAAAUGCUUUAAAUCAAAAUUGGCAUAAAAUCCAGCAUGUUAAAGCUUGCCAAAUACAAGCUGGGGAGUGUAAAUUGAUCUUUGUAGUGCAGGGGAAUGUGACCUUGCUCCUGUCACUAUAUAUAUUGAAUGCAAGUCAUCUUGCCCUGCUCAGUCUCCUCCUCUGCAGUGUGCCGCUGCCAGCUAUGCUUUCUGCUGAAAAGUAAGAUCCAAGUCAUUUUCCCAAAUUCUCUGUUUGAUACAUGUAGUAGUUAUUUAUAGUACUAAAGUUCAGGAACGUUGCGCUUUAUAGUGCAUGAAAGGCAAUUGAAUAGUCCAUUGGAAAGGAUAAUUCACAAUAAUAAGAAAUAUAUAAAAACAUGACCAACUGGUGAGUAAUAUUAGGUGCACAGUGUCUGGGCACCCCAGUGACCAUGUGGUAUGUGGCAGUUUACAAAAAAGUAUUCUGUCCCAGAUAUACACGAUACAUGGUCAAGUUUACUACGUCUUUAAUAUAAAAGUUUUACAAUGCAGUUGCAAUCUAGGCGAUUGCCCUCCUGAAUAAAAACUGCUUUAUUUCAUUACAGUAACUAUACUAGUUUUUUAUCCCAGGCAGGUAGUAUAUGCUCAGAACUGCCCCAGUUUACCCAUUAUUUGUUAUUUAUUAGUUAUUAUGGUUUGUUUCCAGGCUGUUCCAGAAGGAUGUAGUUAGAUAGUGGCAACGUGUGUCUGUAGUAUUUUCAGUGGCUUCACCGCUGUGCCAUGCCUGGGAUUAUGGCUAGUAUCUCGGGCAGUAAGUGAAGAGCUUUCCCCUCCCUCGCCCUGUGAGCUGGAAUGGGGUUUGGAACAGUGCCUCUUAUGUUUUUGUGCAUUCCUUCACCACUAUCCUGUCACCCAUGCCUCCAGUACAAGCUUUGGCUCCAGCUUUUGGCUGCAUCACUCCAGUGUUGCUGUGUGCCCUCCCUUGCCAGCACAACAAGGUCAUCAGUUACUUUUGUUAUUUUAAAGGAUCUUCUCUCAAUGGAGAUCUUCACCCAUCAAAUUAGUAGUUCCUUGGCUUCUCUGCAAAAUGAAACAUUGAGUUCUGCUUAUUAGUUGUGUCCUGUAGCACCUAAUUAUAUAGCACUUGUUAUGUCUUAGUACCUUUAUUCCUUAGGCUACAGUUUGAUGCACCCUUUAGCCGUAGACACACACAAGGCUAAUGUGAAUUGAUUUUGAUCCGCAACUGUGUGUUCUCUCAUUCCAGUAUUUGCAUACUCUCUAAUGUGACAUCUGUGCAUUGUCACUUGUGCUGUGGCAGCUGCCUGGCCAUGUGAGGUGCAUCACAGGUCAGUCACUUAUAACCAAUAUAUGUGUGAUGUUUCAGAGGGACUCACUAUCUGCACAAGGUUCUGGUUGUGUCAUUUUAGCCACUUGAGAUCACAUUAAGAUGCCAUUCCUACAGUCAGUUGGAACUAGCUGGAACUAGCAUAUAUAGAUGUCAGAGCACUCUUAAACAUCACUGGGGAAUGACAGCAGCAAUUGAUGCACAGAAGCAAACGGUUUCUCUAUUGAAGGCGUUCAUUUUGCAUAGAAGAAAUUGGGCUGAGCAGUUUAGUUGAGCUGUCUAUUUUAC